ACAUCCAGUCAAAUAAUACACACAGUGGUGAUAAGAUAUAUCAAUAAAUUUCUAAAAAAAUAAUUAUGAGAAGAGAAUUUAAUCAGAAAUAAUAAAGUCAAAAAAACUCUGUCUCAAAUAUUUCACGUAAACAAAAUCAGCAAUUAAAUCAUCAAAUAAAUUGCAUUGAGAACUCAAUUGAUGUUCAGAAACAAAAUGAAGCGGUCACAAUUCAAGAAUUUAUUUCUGAUGCUAAUAAUUUUAUUGGCACUAUCGGUUACGGUAAAUGAGGCGCGCGGUGGACGUCGUGGCGGUUCCUUUGGAGGUAUAUUUGGCAGUUGGAGGAAAUACAAAAAACCAUCGUCAGGAGGUGGUAGCUCGCGCCGCGUAAUAAGUGGUUCACCAGUACAUACAUCUGUUACAAAAAUGAUGAACCAAAAUGUUGGUAGUCACAAUAGUCACCGGAAUCACCACAGUGGCCAAAAAAAAAUACAUGCAAGCUAUCCACGUCAAGAAGGUGUAAUUUAUCAUCACAAUAGUGGCAAUCUUCAAUUCCAUACACCCAAUGGUAGAACGGAUUAUCAUUUACCAGCAGGUAGCAGUUAUCAUACAAAUCAAGCUGCACUUCCGGUUGGUGCCGUCUAUUAUGCACAGCCGCCAAGGCAUUCAUCAACAGGCGACCUCAUAUUCGAUGCUAUGGCUGCGCAUGCAAUCACACGUGCCGUAGUCGGAAACCAUGGAUACCACCAUCAUCACUACCAUCAUCAUCGCUAUCCACAAAAUAAUGAAGGCGCAACAGAGAGCAACAAUAGAAUUAUAAUAAUUAACAACGAAAGUAGUGCACCAAGUACAACCGACCAACAUUUAUGGCCGACAGACGGUGAAGUGCCUUUAGCACCGUUUAAUAACUCAGUGUUAUUAGAUGUUAAAAGUAAUAUCGACUCAGUUUUCGAGCAUAAACCAGAAUCACAGCAACCAAACAUAUUUUCCCCUUCAAUGCCAACAAUGGGACAAUUACCCGCACAACCGCCAACACAAGAAUUUGCUGCACCAGCUGAACAAAUACCUACUCAAAACGAACAUGUACCACAUGAAGGUGAAAUACCACCCGGUGGUAUAAUUUGUGUGCCAAUGCAAGUUCCAGAAGCUGAUCCAAACGAUCCAACGAAAACUAUUAAUGUUUUAAAAACUGCUUGCUUCCCAGCACCAUCAGUACCGACAGAAGAACAUCAUGGUCAACGACAUCGUCAUUGUGUCAUGCGUACAGUAACAGAAACCGAUCCGGAAGAUGCCACAAAAACAAUUGAAGUGCAAAAGGAAGUUUGUGUAGUAAGAAGAAGAAAAGUAACCACGCAAUCUCCAGAAGUUGCCGGCGAUAUCGUCGAAAAUGGAAACACAACAACAACACCAACAUCAGAAACCACGCUACCUAUGCUUAGAGUAUAAUUCAAGCCAAUGACUAUAUAUAGUGUACUUUAUAUACAACAUUCAUGUGUAAAAUGUUCUUUAAAAUCAACAUUUUUAAAAGUUAAAGUAAAAAAAAUAAAAUAAAAUUAAUAAAAUUUA